CUUAUAUCGUCGACUCGCAAGCUCGAGUGGCUUUCUUUACUUGUCCCUUCCCUUCAUCUUUCGGGUGUCCCCUUUUUUUCAGCACGACCAAACCAUCCAAUGUCUGCAAGCGGAGCUUUUGGACCUGCACCUCCGGGCAUUGACCUGUCCGAAACCAAGAAUGGCGCCAUUAUCAGAGCAGUUGUCAGCCUGAUGGUCAUCGGGACCCUCGCCGUCAUGCUCCGUUUUGCGUCGCAGUUGAUGCGGGAGAAAGGAAAAUUCUCCUGGGAUGACUACUUGAUCCUCCCAGCAUUGCUUCUGGCACAUGGUACAGCAGUCUGCUCGCUCGUCAGUCUUCCAUACGGUGGUGGCAAGCAUCUUUGGGCCGUGUCGGGAGAAGACUUUACGACCAUUUGGCAGAUUCUAUUCUCCUACGUGAUGAUCUACGCAGGCGCCGUCAGCUUCACCAAAGCAUCCAUCGUCAUGUACUACUGGCGUCUCUUUCGCCAGAGGUGGUCCACCUAUCUCGGUCUCUUCUUGGUCUGGAGCUAUUUCGUCGUCAUUGUCGUCACCAUCAAUACCGGUUGUCAGCCAUUGGAGUAUUUCUGGACUCAGUAUACCACCCCCGGGGCUAAGGGUCACUGUAUUGACGUGCCGUUAUUCUUCUUCGCCAACGGCAUCUGGGCCAUGCUUGUCGAUGUUUGCAUCUUGAUCAUCCCAAUUCGACCUCUUCUAGGAUUGCGCAUGUCCACAAGGAAGAAGUUCAUGGUUGGCGGCGUCCUUGGACUCGGAGGCUUUGUCUGCAUCGCCUCAAUCGUGCGCAUCAUCUCGAUCCAUCAGCUCAUCCACAACGACGACCUGACCUGGUCCAUGGCCAGCGUCUUCAUCUGGUCGUGCUGCGAACCCUUCAUCGGCAUCCUCUGCGCCUGCAUGCCCUGCUACGCGCCGCUGCUACGGCGCUUUUGGAAAUCGGCCGGCUCGCAGUCCCGAUCAGUACCCACGAGCGGCUUUUCCAGCGGGAACAUGAAUGGGUCCACCAUGGGAAAGUCUAGCCAGGGUAUCCCGAUCAAAGUCAAACGGGACUGGGACCGCAUCGUCAACCCUACUUUUGGGGACGACGAGGUUCAGUUGACCACCUACACGACGGGACCGGGAAGUACCCGCACCAAGGGCAGUGAUGAGUCCGGGUCAAAGGGUAUCACUGUGAAGACGGACAUUCACUGGGAGUCUCACGCCGUUUAAACACGCCUCGUCCCCGCGACGCAUAUGUGGGAAAUUGACUGCGGUGGCACUGCGAUGGAAAAAGCACACACAUACACUCGUUUGUGGACCGAGCUCGGUCGUGAAAAAGGAAGAAGAGGGGGUGGUCGAUAAAACAACAACAGUAUCUCAACGCAGUCGGGCAGUCGGGCAAGUGCGGAUAUGAAUGGAGCCAUCCAUCCAUCAUGGGAUCCCCAAGUCUUGUCACACUCACCCGUCUCGCCUGCCUCAGAUUGGGAAAGCCACUUGUAUUUGAAGGCCUUGUCCGGAAGAAACCAGCCGCGAGAAGCGAGCAAAAGUAAAAGCAAAAGCAAAACACUCAAGGUCGAAUCAGCCGGCCGGCCGGUCGAUUGUGAGUAUCAAG